AUGCCCACCACCCCGGCGGACCCGCACAUCUCUCGCGAAGACUGGUUAUUUCUCAGAACGGUCAACAGGACUGUCGUGUUUGCCAUUCGUACCCUGACUGCUGAUUUGGAUUCAAUUGCACAAUCUGUCACCCGUGUUCAGAAUAAACCAAAGGCGCUUGCUCACUCUUACAACCAGGUCAUCGUCGCCCUCGCUACCUUGCAAUCCUCGGUCCAGGAUCUCUCUCGCGCCUAUAUUCAGCAUGCAAACACCGUCCUCACUCCUGGAAAGCACGGUCUCAAUCCGAUCGAUGCCAACCUCACCAGCAUCUUGACCGAGUCUGGUCUUUUGGCUGGCCGACCAGCUGAUGCGCCUCCUGCCGCCGCGCCGGAAGUCGAAACCGACGGAAAGAAGAAGCGCAAGCGAACUCCUCAUGACCCCAAUGCGCCAAAGCGUGCUCUCACCCCAUACUUCCUCUACAUGCAGAGUGCUCGCGCUCAGAUCGCCAAAGAACUAGGUGACCAAGCCAAGCCAAAGGAGGUUGCCGAUGAGGGAACUCGCAGAUGGACGGAGAUGAAGCCCGCAGAGAAGAGCGUUUGGGAUGACAAGUACCAGAAGAACUUGGCUGCCUACCGUGUCAAAAUGGCGGCCUACAAGGCUGGUCAGCCGGUCCCUAGUGACGAGGAAGCUGCCCGUCUUGUUGAGUUGGGCAAGGCCCCAGACCAUGUCGCAGGCAUUGAUGCCGAGGCUGAGACAGAAGAAGAAGAAGAGGUCGCUGCGGUCGAGUCCGAAGACGACUCUCCUCAGCCCGUCAAGGAGCCAUCACCACCAAAGUCGUCUAAGCGCCGCAAGACCAAGGAUGCCACUCCAAGCAAGCCAACGCCUAAGGCCGAGGCCACCAAGUCUCCCGAGAAGAAGUCGAAGAAGGGCAAGAAGGAUGUUCCAUCGGCCCCUGCCUCGACCAGCAAGCCUGAGAAGUCUCGCAAGGCCAAGAAAUGA